AGCAAAAAAGUGAAGUUAGUCUCAUUCACUUCAACCCGCCCAUCAUCUCUCUAUGUCGAUUAGAAACCCUAAAUACUAUCUUCUCCUUCGUGCCCUCCUCGAUAGCCCCAUCAAUCCUUCUUGCUGAGCAACAAAGAUCACUAGUGCGGGCUUCAACAGCCUUGGUGAGACAUGGAAGGUGGAUAUCUCAGUCAACAAUCCUCUCCUCUAAGGAUGGUUUGGAUAUCUGUUUUUGUCUGUAACUAAAUCCGGAUGGCCCUCGAAAGGUGGAUCCAACGAGCCUGAUGCAACAAUCGACACUGUAAAUACUUACAAUAGCAAUCUAAUAAAGCGUGUGCUGAACCAAAUUGGAACUCCGAAGUAUCCUGGAAGUGCUGCUAGCAUUUGCAUUUAUGAGCUCUACAACGAGGAUAUGAAGCCGGGGCCAUUGUCUGAGACGAAUUGGGGGACUCUUCAAUGCAAAUGGUGCACCUAAGAAGGGAAAGACUCCUGAUUCCUGUCACUUCGAUGGAGUCGCUUCUAUCUCCACCACGGAUCCAAAAUCGGUGUCGUGUAAUUUCACUCAGGAGGAUAAAGUGAAGAGGAUGCAACAACAAGAGAUUCGUGUUAAGGGUAGGGUUUAGGGAGAGGGAUGAUUUGUGGGAGUGAUUGCUGAUUGGAAUAUGGGUCAAAUUGAAAAGCUGAAUUUGUGGUCAUGGGAUUGUCUUUUCGCUUUUAUAAUGGUAAUUGUGAGAUGAUCCAAUAGCCUCGACAGAGUUGUGAAUUUAUGGAGGAGAUUGUGUCCUAGAUGCAGAAUGGAUUUACGGGCACUAUUCUAAAAGUGUUGCUGAACAUUUUAAAGGUUGUGGUUUAUUGGUAGUCACCAGAAGAAGUCAUUGGAUAAAAUGAAUAAAAUUGUGUGGAAUCUUCUAUUAAUUGCUAUAGUUACAAUGAUGGUCUUCCUUAACAUCAAGCAGCAUUAAUGAGAAAGACAAAGCGACCGACCUCUUCAGGUCAGGACAACCCGACCUCUUCCCAAAGAGCUCGGUCAAGUCUUCAGAAAACCCAAAGAAGGGCCCAAAUAGAGGAACACGCCCUAAAUCCUAAGGUAGCCCAAGCCUAUAGAAAGAAGGACGGUUCCCUUAAAAGAUAAAGAUGACCUUACUUAAAGAUAAGAUAAAGAUAAGAUAAGAUAACUAACUUAUCUUAUCCACAGAAGGCCACAUCUCACCAUUAUAAAUACACUGGAGCACCCAGGUAUAACUCAUAUUCUGAUUCUACUCAAUACCUACUUAAUACCCUUGCUAACUUAAGUAUCGGAGUCCCUUAUAGGUACCCUCCACCCUCCGGGGACGAAGGAUCAACAGCACUUUCAAGUGUCACAAGUCGAACACACAAGCUCCGGCGACGAUAUACCCGCCAGACACAUCGGCUCCGACCAACGCAGAAGAUCUCGACCGAGAUCGACCUAUGGUUUCAGGUAACCCUCGGAACAUUGGCGCCGUUGCCGGGGAGCCUGGAAGUCAUCCCAACACCAUGGCAGACAACCAUGACAACGAUCAAGACUCGGGUUUGGAAGAUAGAACGCCACACAAGAACACAGAUGCUGUAUUUAAGAAUACUCCGGAAUCCAAUGGAGACAAAAAUUCAUCAAAUCCAGGGGCGAUAGAAGCGCUUCAAAAUCGAUUGGAGCAACUUAAGAAAGAAGCCCAACAUCAACGUGAAAAAGAAGAAGAUCUACGUCGGAAGAUAAGGCGGCGCCGAGAAUUAGAAGAUAAGCUUAUGAAACUCGAAGCUGAUCUCAAAACUAAAGCUAUUCGACCAUCCACAGAGGAUAGCUCUCAGAAAGAUCAAGAUCCAUUCACCAGGGAAAUUAUGAAGACCAAAAUCCCAAAAGAUUUCAAACUUCCGGAUAUGAAUCUAUAUGACGGUACCUCGGACCCCAACCACCAUCUCAGCAACUUCAGAAGUAGAAUGUACCUCACUGAUGCCUCAGAUGCAGUUCGCUUCAAAGCCUUUCCAACAACUCUCACCAAGACAGCCAUUAGAUGGUUUGACAACCUACCUCCAAAAUCCAUCUCGAGUUUCGACGACCUGGCCAAAAAGUUUCUGGCCUGAUUUUCCAUACAAAAGGACAAAGCCAAACAAGCACCCAGCCUACUAGGGAUCAAGCAAGGAGAUCGGGAGAGUCUUCGCAACUACAUGGAAAGAUUCAACAAAACAUGCAUGGACAUACAAAGUCUACCAACAGAAGCUGCCAUCAUGGGCCUCAUAAAUGGCCUACGAGAAGCACCAUUCAGCCAAUCUAUAUCAAAGAGGUACCCGACAUCCCUAGACGAAGUACAAGAACGGGCGCAGAAGUACAUCAAUAUGGAGGAAAAUUCUCGACCUGGCGAAGCCUCGAAGUUCGGUUCUGCCUACCAAGAUAAAGAAUCCAAGAAAAAGAAAGAUCGCUCUGGAGAGAAAAUCAAAAAAUAUCAUAACUACACCCUUUUUAGGGUAUCAUUGAUAGAUGUUUACAAAGAAGUCUGCCAUACAGAAAAAAUACCCCCAGCUCGGCCACUUAAAGGCAAAAGGGGAGGAGGAAAUCGGAACGAAUACUGUGAGUAUCAUCGAGUCCGAGGACAUUCCACCAACGAAUGCGUUGACUUGAAAAAUGUCGUAGAGAAAUUAGUUAGGGAAGGAAAACUAGAUCGGUUCCUGGCCAAUCGGGACGAAGAACCAAGGAAAAGAAGAAGGGAUGAAGAUGUCGGACGAUCUGAACAGUCACCCCGCACACCGAAAAGACAUGUCCACGUGAUACACGGCGGAUUCGCUAGAGGAGGAAUAUCCAAGUCAUCCCGCAAGCGACACCUCAAAGAAGUAUACCACGUCGAAGGCAAAAAAGAAGUGCCAGACAUCCCAGCAAUCACGUUUACCAAAGAAGAUGCAUCCGGAAUUAUUUCAGGACACAACGACCCCAUGGUCAUCACAAUUAUAUUGGCAAACGCCAACCUCCACCGUACAUUAAUUGAUCAAGGAAGCUCCGCCGAAAUUCUAUUCAAAACUGCCUUCAACAAGCUCAGCUUAGAAGAGAAAGAGCUUAAAGCAUAUUCGAACAGCCUGUUCGGACUUGGGGACACCCCAGUACAGCCACUAGGAUACGUAUCGUUACACAACUUUUGGAAAGGGGAACCAAUCCCGAACACUUAAGAUAGACUAUAUCGUGGUCGACGUAAGCUCAGCCUACAAUGCCUUAAUAGGUCGGAUGACAUUAAAUCAACUCGGAGCAAUAGUUUCAACUCCACAUCUAUGUAUGAAAUUUUCAACUACAGAAGGGAUAGCUACAAUAAAAGCAGAUCAAAAGAUGGCGUGUCGCUGUUAUAACGAAAGUCUAAAUCUCUGAGGCGAAGGAGGAAAGUUCCACACAAUCGAACUCGGCGGAGAUCAGAGACGAGAAGAACUCCAUCCACGACCCGAAGGAGAAAUAGAAAGAGUUUAGAUCGAAGAUACCUCGGACAAAACAACUAAUAUUGGCACGAUCCUGAAAGGAGACGUAAAAGAAUCACUAAUACGGUUUCUACGAGAUAAUGUUGAUCUCUUCGCAUGAAAAGCUGCCGACGUGCCAGGCAUAGAUCCCGAACUAAUGAGCCAUAAGCUGGCAGUCUACCCAGAAUCUUGGCCGGUACAACAAAGACGAAGAAAACUUGGACCAGAACGGCCUCAGGCUGUAGAAGAACAAGUACAAGCACUACUGGAGGCAGGAUUCAUAAGAGAAGUUAAAUACCCACUAUGGCUAGCAAAUGUCGUCUUGGUGAAAAAAUCAAAUGGGAAGUGGCGAAUGUGCACUGACUACACCGACCUCAACAAAGCCUGCCCAAAAGACCCUUAUCCACUCCCAAGCAUCGACGCUCUAGUAGAUGCCUCAUCAGGAUAUAAGUAUCUCUCGUUCAUGGACGCGUACUCAGGAUACAACCAGAUCCCAAUGUAUCCACCAGAUCAAGAAAAAACCUCGUUUUUCACACCAAAAGCGAAUUAUUGCUACAUCGUAAUGCUUUUCGGCCUUAAAAACGCGGGAGCCACUUAUCAAAGGUUAAUGAAUAAAGUCUUCUCAAACCACAUCGGAAAAAUCAUGGAGGUCUAUGUGGAUGACAUGUUGAUAAAGACACAAAGUGAUGAAACAUUACUAACCGACUUGGUUCAAGUGUUCGACACCAUACGGAAGCACAACAUGUGACUCAACCGCUAAAUGCACCUUCGCAGUAGAGGCAGGAAAAUUCCUGGGCUUCAUGCUCACACAAAGAGGAAUCGAGGCAAAUCCAGAUAAAUGCCAGGCCAUAUUCAACAUGAAAAGCCCGAUCUGCGUCAAAGAAGUCCAACAACUCAAUGGGAGACUGGCAGCCCUGUCCAGAUUCCUAGCAGGGUCAGCAAAAAGAUCCCUCCCCUUCUACGCCACCUUAAGGAAGGGAAAAAACUUCGAGUGGAUAACGGAAUGUGAACAAGCCUUUCGAGACUUUAAAGAAUUCCUGGGACAGCCCCCCAUCCUAUCUCGACCACGAGAGGGAGAACCACUCAUACUAUACCUGGCCGUAGGAAGUCAGGCAAUAGCCUCAGCAUUAAUUAGAGAAGAUGAAGGGGGACAACAACCCGUCUACUUCAUUAGUAAAGCACUACAGGGGUCAGAGCUAAACUACCAGAAAAUAGAGAAGUUCGCCUACACUUUAAUACUAACAUCCCGACGACUUCGCCCAUACUUCUAAGCGCACACUAUCAGAGUUCAGACCAACUAGCCCAUAAAAGGGAUACUGCAGAAAACAGAUCUAGCAGGAAGAAUCCUACAGUGGGCAAUCGAGUUGUCCGAGUUUGACCUUCAAUACGAGGCGCGGACAGCCAUCAAAUCACAAUACCUAGCUAACUUCAUUGUAGAAUUCACAGACACCACAGAAAUCCCCAUAGAGUGGAACAUAUACGUGGACGGCUCCUCAAAUAAAGCCGGAAGCGGUGCAGGUGUGAUAAUCGAAAGCAACCAGGGAACCCAACUUGAGUUUUCCCUGAAAUUCGGAUUCCCGGCCUCAAACAAUUAGGCGAAAUAUGAAGCGUUAUUAGCUGGCUUGAAGCUGGCUAGGGAAGUUGGAGCUCAGAAACUCAAUAUCUACAGUGACUCACAAGUCAUUACCUCGCAAAUAACGGGAAGUUACCAAGCCAAAGAUCCUACCAUGAAAAAAUAUUUGGAUAAAACCAAAGAACAGCUCGGACAACUUAGAGAAUAUAGGAUCUGUCACAUAUCCCGCGAGCAAAAUGCCCGAGCUGACACGCUCUCAAAGCUAGCCAGCACCAAACCAGGGGGCAACAAUAGAAGCCUCAUCCAAGAAAUACUGCAGAACCCAUCGAUAUCAGAAGAAGAAAAAAUCCUAGCCAUAACAGGUCGGGAUCAAGGAUGGAUGACACCCAUAAUUAACUACCUCAAAACAGAAGCGCUCCCCACAGAUGAAAAGGAGGCAAAGAGGUUAAAAAAGGGGGACACAUUACUACACUAUCAUAAAUAACAUCCUAUACAAAAAAGGGAUCUCAACACCACUGUUAAAAUGCGUACCGACCUCCAACACAAAAGAAGUCUUGGAGGAAGUACACAACGGCAUUUGUGGUAAUCAUCUCGGAGCGCAAGCUCUCACCAAAAAGGUAUUCCGAGCAGGAUUCUAUUGGCCAAAUCUACGAAAGGAAGCUACAGAAUUUGUAAAGACAUGUCCACCGUGUCAGAAGCAUGCCAACUUUCACAUCGCCCCGCCAGAAAAACUCAUUAGCGUGACCUCACCUAGUGACAAAUCCCAUUUUGACGGUUUAUCUUGUAUUAAUUUUAGGGGAUUUUAUAACCUUUUACCCUCAUUUAUUCAUUGAAAUAGCAUGGUUUUGUGAUUGUCUUCUUAUUUGUGCUUAGAUGUGAAAACAUGCUUUUAGACCCUUAAUUUGAUGGUUUUAAUCUCUCUUUGAUUCCACUAGAUGUCUUGAUAUGUUUGUUAGUGAUUUCAGAUUGAAAAAGGCUAGGAAUGGAUCAAAGGAGUGAAAAGGGAAAGCAUGCAAAGUGGAGAAAUCAUGAAAAGUCAAAGAAGUUGAACUCGCCCAUGGACGUGCGCGCGCACCUGUCGCUUGCGCGCACCUGCGAAUUACCCUAUGGACGCGUACGCGUGAUGUGCGCGUACGCGUCGGUGUUGGUUUAUGAUUUUUUAAUGAAAAUGUGGCCAACGAAUUCUGAAGGGUUGUGGGGCCCAAUCCUAACCAAUUUUGGCGCCAAAGAUGCUAUUUAAAGCCAAGGAUUGAAGAGCAAAGGGGAUCCCAUUCAUUACACACAUUAGGAUUAGUUUAGAAGUAGUUUUCUAGAGAGAGAAGCUCUCACUUCUCUCUAGAAUUAGGAUUAGGUUUAGUUCUUAGAUCUAGAUUUUAAAUCUUUGCUUUCUUCUACUUCUACAUUUCAGUUAUUUGUUGUUAGAUUCAUCUUCUUAUACUCUUUUGUUUUAAUUUCCUUUAUGUUGUUCUUACAUUUUGUUGUAGAUCUAGUAUUGUUCCCUCUACAUUCUUUCAAUUCAAUA